CUGCGUCUCAACGUUGUCGUUUUUUUCGAGAUGGCAACCAUGGAUACUGACAUGACGGAUGCAGAUUAUGAUAUCCAGAUCGAUACUGAGCCGAUUGAAGUGGUCCAGGCCCCGGAGACGACCCUGACUGUCGAGCAGGCGCGACCGAAUGGCGGAGAUGGAGGUGACUCAGAGAUGCCUGCCGCCUAUUUUGAGUCACUCGAGACACACGCGCCCAUUCCCGAGCUCCUCAAUAUUCAAGGCGGAUCUCAGUUCGGCCCAAAUGCGCCAAUCGACUAUGCACUCGAGCAUUGCCCUGAGCGACGGCCACGAAAUGUUCGCUGGAUAAACGACAACUCUGUGAACCUCGAGUACGACAAUGCACAAGACGCCGCGGACGCGCUGCUUGCGUUGACGCAUCCCGAUGUCGAAGGAGCCGCUUCAUUAGAUCCUCAGACCUCGCGCAAAGCCCAGAUCUAUUCUGGCAACCCUGACAGCUAUCUCACUAUUCGUCAGGCCAACACUGGUGACCAGAAGCAGCGAAAUGCAGCGAAGCACAGCGAGUACUAUAAACAGCACCCUCAAGCCCGCGAUCGCCAACGGCCGCGUCGAUACGAUCGAGAGGAGCCUGAGCCCGAAGUCUUCUUGGAUUAUGGCGAUGAGGGAGUUGAUAAGAGCAAGAAAGCCUCCACCUUCACCGAGUCAAUGUAUGACGAUGCGCCGGCGCCUAGACGCCGAGACAAUGAUCAAAAUCGAAGAAGGCAGCCUAGGGACGUUGACACUUACCGCCCUGGCUCUAGGAGCCCGCGUGAAUCUAGAUUUGGACGUCUGCGUGGAAGAAGUGCGUCGCCUGUAUCAGGUGAGGACGGCCGCUACGGCUUUGCCGAAGAAUCGAGUUCUAGUCGCCGAUACCGAAGUAGAGACCGCGAGACUACGCGUCGCAGGAGUCGCAGCCGGUCCCAAGAACGAUAUUUCAAAAGGAGGCAUUCUAACCACGAAAGCGCUAGAUGGGAACGGGACCAAAACAUCACCUUAGAUGGAUCAGGACGCUGGGCGAAGAAUUCUAGUACACACCAGAAGGCAGAUAUGGGCAAUCACCGACGAUCGGAUGCCAUGGACGAGACCAACAAAGGCUCUCUGCUAUCAAGGAUGACUAAAGAUGGAAAACCUGUUUCCGAGUCCUCUGAAAGCCGCUCUUUAGCAAGCAGAAUGACUCGCGAUGAGCCAUCAUCAGGACACGGAAGGCUCGCCAACAGGAUCACCCGAGAUGGACCAGAGUCGAAUUAUGGAAGACUAAAGGACGACUACAGUGCCCCCCGCGAGGAUAGCUUCCAGGAGCCAACGGUAAGCCGACGCGACCUUGCGAGCCGCAUCACCUGGACUCGCGAUCGGGGUGGACAUGACGAAGAUGACGAAGAGAUCGGUUACAACAUCCGCGGGGCCGCACCGCAGAGUGGAGGCUUCUCAAUCCGUGGCGCUGCUGGGGGAAAUUAGUCUACCGACAAACAUCUACGCUCAUGGCUUUGGUUACUUCUCUAUUAACAUACCCAUCGCUGUGAAGAAGCUUUCUUCAAUCGAACUCCAACAGCAUCACAGCAAUGGUACUUUCUCUUUUCCACUCAGCAUGUCCGGCGUUAUAGGGAGAACAGAGAUUCUUCCAUACCUUUCUAGUAUUUAGGGCGAAGGCAUUGAGAUACCAAAGAAAGCUUUCAUGACCUUUUUGAGUUUUCUACACAACUUGUACUAUAUUCUGUUUUCAGCGGUAGUAGUUCAGAUUACAAUGAAUAGCAAUGUAAGACUACUCUUG